AUGGCAUACACCCCUGUGGAGAUUGAAACACAACACAAUCAACCACCGCGAAUUAUGGAGAGCAAUUUUUGUCCUACAGCUGAAAUUUCAACAGAAUCACACCCAGGGAAUAGGUUUUGUACCCCUACAGAGGACAUAGGAUUAUUAAACAUUCCUUCAAUAUACGAAACAAUGAAUAAUUCAUGCUUUGAUGAACAUUCGAAAUCACUGGGAUGGAACUGGCCGUCUGACCAAGCUGAGUGUACUGGGAACGAGGCGGGAAAAUGCGAUGCAGACGAUGAAGACGAACUCCCUACGAACAUUACCGAAUCAGUCCCGAGAGAGCCCCUGAAGCGUCUUCGGAGACAACGCGCAAAUGACCGUGAACGUCGAAGGAUGAAAUCGCUCAAUGGCGCUCUCAACAAUUUGAAACGUUGCAUUCCGCUGCCCAAGACUAAACGCCGCGUUACCAAACUUGAAAUAUUGCGAAUAGCUUGCAACUACAUCCAAGAUCUGUGGGAGACAUUAAAUAAUGGGGGGAAUGAGGGACAUACGGAAACUUUAGUGACACGAGGUGGUAAUCAACAUCAUAUAGUGAAUGGAAUGAGUGUCACGCAGAGACUUAGUUUAUUGUCCAACAACUUGAAAUUUAAUUUUCAAUUAUAA